UGUACUGUGGCUGUUCUACAUGGUCCUCAUUCAAUAUAGUGACUAAUAUGCUUUGGAGUUUGUGCUUGUAGAUGAUAAAAAGGAUGAAACUUUCAUGGGGCAGACAUUCCCCACAGGAGGGUUAAUGCUUGAUUUGCUAACAGUUCUGUUUACACUGCUGGCAACCGUCGCUGAAAGCCAGUCCCCCUGCUGCUGCCAAUCAGAGCCUCUCACAAAGUGAAUGCCUUGUGUGCCUAUUGCAUCAGGUUGUCUAACACCAGCCACAAAAUUUCUGGGGGGAAAGGGAGUGUUUGAACCAGUAUGGAAUCCAGCUACAUUGAAGAAAGCAAGGCCCAGAAUGAUGCAAUCUCCUUGAUUUUCUCCCUCAAAGAAGAAGUUGGAGCUUUGGCUAAAGUGCUACGCAUAUUUGAGGAGAAGGGGAUAAACCUGAUCCACAUUGAAUCCAGACCUUCCCGGCUGAACAAAGAUGAGUACGAAUUUUUCAUCAAUCUGGAAAGCAAGAACAUCCCAGCUCUUGAGGGAAUCAUCCAUACACUGAGAGAUGACAUUGGAGCAAAUGUCCACGAGCUUUCACGUGAAAAGAGGAAGGAUGCUGUUCCAUGGUUCCCAAGAACUAUUAAAGAACUGGAUAGAUUUGCCAAUCAAAUUCUCAGCUACGGAGCAGAACUGGAUGCCGACCACCCCGGUUUCAAAGAUCCUGUUUACCGGGCCAGGAGAAAGGAAUUUGCAGAUAUAGCUUACAACUACAGACAUGGCCAGCCAAUCCCCAGAGUGACAUACACUGAGGAAGAGAAGAGAACAUGGGGAACGGUCUUCAGGGAGCUGAAGACCCUGUAUCCCACCCACGCUUGUUAUGAACACAAUCAUGUCUUCCCUCUCCUGGAGAAAUACUGUGGCUACGAAGAAGACAACAUCCCACAGCUGGAAGAUGUCUCAAACUUCUUGAAAAGCUGCACUGGAUUCCGCCUGCGUCCUGUAGCUGGCCUGCUGUCUUCUCGGGAUUUUUUGGCUGGCUUGGCUUUCAGGGUUUUUCACUCUACUCAAUACAUCCGCCAUUCAUCGCGGCCAAUGUACACGCCAGAACCGGAUGUUUGCCACGAACUCCUAGGACAUGUCCCUCUGUUUGCUGAUCCCAGCUUUGCUCAGUUUUCUCAAGAAAUCGGAUUGGCUUCUCUGGGUGCUCCAGAUGAAUACAUUGAGAAACUUGCUACGGUUUAUUGGUUUACUGUGGAAUUUGGACUGUGUAAAGAAGGCAAUGAGAUAAAGGCAUACGGAGCAGGGCUGCUGUCGUCAUUUGGAGAAUUACAGUAUUGCUUAUCAAAUAAGCCUGCCGUUGAACCUCUCAAUUUGGAAAGGACAGCAGUUCAAAAAUAUCCUGUCACCGAAUUCCAACCCAUUUACUAUGUUGCUGAAAGUUUCAAAGAUGCAAAGCAAAAGUUAAGGAAAUAUGCCUCAACAAUUUCCCGUCCGUUCUCCGUCCGUUACAACCCGUACACUGAGCGGAUUGAAGUUCUGGACAACACAAAGCAGCUCAAGAAUUUAGCUGAUACCAUCAGCAAUGAGUUGGGACUUCUUUGCAAUGCUCUCCAGAAGAUCAAGUGAAGAUGCUCUCAGAUGCCUUUUGAUGGCUCCCAAGAGCCAUGGGGGACGGGACGGGACAGUGAAACAAAUACCAAACUUUUAAAAAACAAAUGAAGAAAGUCUACCAAUAAUUAAUAGCAUAUAGAAAUAUGAUACGUAUUUAAUGUGCUUGUCAUCGCAGUUAUAAUAAAGGCAGGCGAUAGUUUA